CGUGUCAUAAACCCUCUGCCUCUCACGCAAGCAACGUCAGAAUUACGUGAUAUUGUUUAGGGAUUUGAAGGGGGAAAAAAAGAAGAAAAAAACCAAAAGCAGUAACGGUCACGGACAUUUGUGGAUGUCUUUCUAGAUCUCUUGACGUUUGAAUCGUAGUCGAUUGGCAUGUCCAUGUUUGAAUAAGACCUAUUAUUAAAUUUUAAUUUGUUUGCAAGACACUAACCGAGUUGGUCAGUGUUGCUUUUACGUCACUGCAUGACAGCAGAUGCCUCGCGCGCACCCUUUCUGUGUGGCUCCGCUUUGAGAGGAUUUUGAAACAGUUGAAAUUUGCAGUCGAAGGAGCAACAGUGACUUCAAAUUUUAAGCGCGUGUAUGAUUGUUUCUCUCGUACAGGAUAUAUGCCCGGUUGUUCCUGGGACUUUGUUCUCACUCUUCAUGCACGUUUUCUUGUGUUGGAAAUACGGUCAAGGUACAGGCAGAGCACGUCAAAGUUUGAAAGGAGUCCGUUGUUGAGCACGUGUGGAAGUCUUCUGUCAGAGACACGUACACACUACGAUGACGGGUUUGAACCCAGCCACCCCACCGGAUAGUGCGGAAGGUCAGGAGAGAAAAACUGCGCAAACUUUCCAUGAAAAAGUGGGCUCUCUCAGAGACAUGGUGGAGCGAGUGCGUGAAGAAAAAAGGAAAAAGAAAGCUGAAAGGAAAAUAAAUAAUUGUGCACCUACAAAUGACGCCCCGGAGAGCGAGAAUGAAGCCGCGAAGGAUUCAGCUCAAGCUAAACAAAACAUUCCAGACAGUUGUCAGAGUGUCGAGAAAGAGAAGACAGAAACUAACGAUGGAGAUGUGAAUGAAGAAAACAAUGCUGAAAACAUACAGCGUGGAAGCGCUUUUACUGAGAAGGCAAGCUCAAAAUCGGAGGACGUGGCAAAUGCAUUUAAUUGCUUGUCAGAGAAAGACACAAACCUUACUGUUCCUAUGACAGACCAUCAUGAGAAAACCGAUGAUGAUUUGGAACAAACAAGAAACAACUUCAGAGAAAAGUCGAAUGUCAUCGAACAAAACAUUUGCAAAGACAAAGAAAAUGUUAACGAUAUUGAGCGAGAUUUUCACGGAUAUCACGAAAGGUGUGGAGAUAAGAAAUUGGAGAUGGCCGAAGUAUCACCCACUAAUCCCAGCGAUAAGGCAAUUUCUCGGCCAGGUGUGACCGGACCGACGGGGGAAGACAGCGACCAGCCAUCUACUGACACGUUAGGUAACCACCCGUUUUCCGUGACUUCAAACAGAACAGCGGCUUCGUUACCUGUUGGCCCGACGGACGUCAUCGGCCAGCCCGACGCCUCUGUUCUCAAACGACACGUACCGGACACGAGUGGACAAAAGACUUCCAUAUAUGGAGAGGCAGCCGACCAGGUGUCUACCGGACACGUUCACACUUCAACAAGUCGUGAUGUAACUCAGUCGCAGCUACCGGCGGGAGAAAGGGGACAACUUUCACCUCUCGACAGUGGGUUACCGUCAAACGUGGCUCGUGUUUGCCAUGUGUCAAUGGCACAAAAUAAGGAGGCACCGAUACCUGAUGAGGUCAACAUAACCGACUGCAGGGGUGCAUCAUCUACAGCUACAAUCCCUCACAACCCAGACACACGCAAUACUUAUGCAACUGAAUGUGUCUCAACCAUAGCCCCAGGUCCUCUCAACCCAGACACAAGCAUUAAUCGCGAAAAUGAAAGUCUUAAAAGAACACGAGUAGAUAGUGUCCCUACUCUCUCUAGUCCUAAACAUGGCGUAACUCGAAACAUUUAUGAAAAGGAAAAAUCCUCGCCUGAUGGGAAGAAGAUAAAAGCGGAGCUUGCAAAGUGCAAUAAAGUACUAAAAAAAUGUAAUGAAGAACUAGCAAAAUGUAAUGAAAAACUAACAGGGCAAAGUGCAAAAUAUAAUAAAAAACUAACAGAGCAAAACAACAAGUCUGAAAGCAUGGUUCCCACUGAACCAUCCUCUGGUGCUCAAAAUUCAGUGGUGGUCAAAAGUGAGAUUUCGAAAGGUUUGGAGGACGGGGAAGCUGAACUUUAUCCUGAGAAAACAAACUCUGGGGACCCACGUGCACAAGCAGCUAAUUGUUCUGCACUUUCUUCCGGACUUAACCACAACGUGUUUGUGUCUGAGGUCAACCAGGAGUCCAACUCAGCCGGAUGUUUUUCUCUGUCCGGUGGAGCAGAUUCAACGCCCACAGAGGCGCAGAGGAGGGCGGAAGGUGACAGUGAAGACGAAGAGAAG